CUCCUUCCCUUUGCCUUCCAUCAUCAGAAUCAAAACUCUGGUCACUCAUGGCGUCUCUGACCUCCGAUAACGAACAACCGCCGACGAAUUCAAACUCAAGUUCUACAGAUCAUGUUAGAAAGAAGAAGAGCUUAUUUGCUUCCUCCCCCUCCUCGUCUCGUGGAAACGCAGCUUCCGUACCAACCAGAGACGGUGACAGCCACCCGCGAUGGAGAUCGGAGAAGCAACAGCGUAUCUACUCCGCCAAGCUGAUCCAGGCGCUGAGACAGGUCCGCCUCAGCUCUUCCUCCUCCGCGACGACAUCAUCUCCAACGGCUCAGAAGCGAGGGAAAGCAGUCCGCGAAGCCGCGGACCGCGCCCUCGCCGUUUCCGCCCGCGGGAGGACGCUCUGGAGCAGAGCGAUUCUUGCUAACCGGAUCAAACUGAAGUUCCGGAAGCAGAAACGGCCGAGGCAGACGGUUAUACCGGCCGUGACCACGGUGGUCACGACGGGAGCUACUAGCAGCAGAGGGAGGAAACGGAGAGUGUCGGUGGUGGGACUGAAUAAGAAGAGUUUACCGACGGUUAACCGGAAAGUUCGUUCUCUCGGCCGGUUAGUUCCGGGUUGCAAAAAAGAAUCAGUACCGGUUAUUCUAGAAGAAGCAACCGAUUACAUACAAGCACUGGAGAUGCAAGUUAGAGCCAUGAACUCUCUAGUGGAGCUUCUCUCCGGCUACUCAACCCCCGGCUCAGACUCAGCUCCUCCGCCUAUUAGAUGAGGAAGGCCACUAAAGUAUGACAAAGCGACAAAGAAGAAGGAAAUGACAAAAGCAAAAGAAAUUAAAAAUGUGGAAAGUGACUUGAAAAGUAUGAAGAAGCACAUGGGAGUGGCCAUGCAUGCCCUUGUCCUCUUCCUUCCUUGUUAGCUUCCUCUCAUUGUCUUGUAGGAAAACUAUUAUGAUCUGUUAUAUCAAAACUAGGUGAUUAACAACUCCCUCAUGCUUUCCAUGAUUAAUUUGUCAAUUUUAAAUUUCAAUAAAAGUGUUACAAACUUAGAUAA